AUGCUCCAAAAAUCUAUUGCUGAACUAAAUGUUCCUAAAAAUUUAUUAUCUUUCAACCAGAUAGCUGUGUGUAUUUAUUACUUAAUUAAUGAAUGUUCUGAUUUUAUUCGAAAAUUAAUGACAAAAACAUCUAUAGUUCAGCAGCCUGUUGGUCUGGUACCCACUACCUACUAUGGCCCUCAACCUGUCUCUUCAUCAUGUGAUAUUUGCAUGAAUAAGAUUACUACAACAGUUCAGUACCGUAAAGGAGUAUGUACUUGGAUGGCUUGUACUGGAAUAACAUUAAUUGGCGGUAUAUUCGGAUGCUGCUUAAUACCAUUUUAUGUGAAUUCAUGCAAAGAUGCUUAUCACAGUUGUCCAGAAUGUGGAACAUUACUUGGAGUUUAUAAACGUAUCUAAAAUCUAUCAUCGAUUGCUACUUCUUUUUUUUCACAAAACGUUGUUUUCUUUCUUCCCCAUUUGUUUCAAUCUAAUGAGCUUUUUGUAUGAAAUAUAAGUGAAAAUAAAACCAUAUUAAGUUAUCCUGUAUUAUUAUAAUAAAUGUUCAUCUUAAUUUCUCAACUUUUAUAAUUUUCGUAUUAUUCACAUUAUUCAGUAUUGUCUGUAUUCCUGAAAUAAUAUAUAGUUUCAGUUUUAACUUCCAUAUAUACAAUAUACUUCAUAAUUACACAAAAAUGUACACAAGUAAGAAAAACAAUUUCUAUCCUAUUUUAUUUAACCUACUACAACAAUGUACUCUGUUUUGAUAUUAUUAAUUUAAACCGCUUCAUUUAACAAGUGUUGUGAUAACACUUUUCAUGUUUUUUAUUAUCACUUCCUUCAGCCGUUGUUUUAUGACUUUUAGCUAACUAUUGCCAUAAUAUGUGUUACCUAUCAUUACAUCUAUCACUUUGAAUAUAUUUUUAAAGAAAAAGCUAUUGCAUAGAAUACUAUAUAUAUAUAUAUAUAUAUAUAUAUAUAUAUAUAUAUAUAUAUAUGCAAGUUGGAUUUCUUUUCAAAAGGCAAAACAUAUUGUCCUUUUACAUAUGUACAUCAGCCGACACACUACCAUUGUUUAUCUUAUUAUUAAAACAUAAUUAUAUGAACGAAGAAUAUUCUUUUCAAUAAUUUCUCAUCAAGUCAAAAUAAAUUUACAUAUUUAUUAAAUGUUUAUUUUGACAGAGUACCUUUUCUGUGUAACACAUAUUACUGGAUAUUAUAUUACUUUGUUUUGUUUUGUUGAGUCUCUUAAUGUACAUAAAAAAACAACAUGUUGCAUUACUCAGAAAUAAGUAAUAAGUAAUAUUUAUGUGAAAACUUUUACGAUUGUCUUUGUUUGUAUCUUAUGAAUGCGAAUGAAUAAAAUACUUCAAAUAAAGUUAAAUUUUUUCACUUCAUCUAUUCCUACAAUCAAAUAAAACUUCUAUCAAUUUAUCAUUUGGUUCAUUUAUUUGUUGGUUAAGUUGC